AUGGGUAGACGUAAGAUUGAGAUCCAACCCAUUGAUCAAGAAAGAAAUAGAUCCGUCACUUUUAUCAAGAGGAAAGCUGGUCUUUUGAAAAAAGCUCAUGAGUUAUCUGUGCUUUGUAAAGUAGACGUUGCUGUCAUCAUUUUAGGUACAAACAAUACGUUUUACGAGUUCUCGUCCACUGAUAUCAAUGAUCUUUUAAAUUGCUAUUCCAAUAGUUUACAAUCAUCCAAUCAAAACUCUAAACUAUCUCAUAUCAAAAAGACUCCCAUGGAUUAUGGUGAUUAUCAACCGAAAUCGUAUGUGUUAAAUAAAUUACCUCAGCAUUAUUUGAAUCCAAGGAAAAGAUCCGUAGAUCAAAAUUCUUCUUCGUCUAUUGAAAAUAGUAGGUUAUUCAAAAGACAAAUUGCAACACCCUCUACAAAUACCACUUCAUUACCUGUACCAAAUAAUUCUAAUUUUAGGAACACAACUACUUCUUCCAUUUCCAACACUUUGGUCCCUUCUUCUACUCCACCUGCCACUGCAGCAGCAGCCCCGACUCAUCAGUUACAAGAUCAUGUUCAAAGACAAUUCCAUAACUUAUAUAGAGCCAUGUCUGCAACAAAUUCUUCUACUUCCUCAAAUUCUCCAAAUUCAGCCACAAUCGAUGUACCACCAUCAACUAUAAAUCCUACAACAAAUACAACCACUACGAACACCACCAAUACAACCACUACUUCAUCGAUGCCUAUGUCAACAAUAAAACAAGAACCGUUAAACCCAAUUGCUCCUUCCAUUCUAAAUGAUUCAAAUAAUAAUAACAACAACAACAAUAAUAAUAACAAUAACAAUAACAACAACAACAACAACAACAACAACAAAAGUAAUUCAUCAAGUAAUAUUUUAAAUCCAUCACAAAGAUCAAUCAAUACUUCUACUACAUCUUUACCAAACACAUCUUCAAACACUUUACCCUUAAGAACUACUUCAAACACUCACUCAUUAAGAGCAAAUUCCAAUACCAUCAAUAAUCCUACUUCAUCUCCAUCAAAUUCAAAUACUUUUAGUCAUCAAAGGAAAUUAUCAAUGAGACCUGUAUUACGUGUUCAAAUUCCAAAUCAUCAUAAUAUUAAAAAUACAAAUACAAAUACAAAUUCAAAUUCAAAUACAAAUUCAAAUACAACUAACAAUAGUAAUUCAGAAUCUAACACAAACACAAAGAAUAAUACAAAUGUAAAAAGUGAUCCAAUUUCGAACACGUCACCACAAGAAACAAUAUCAUCGAAAUCUAUCACUAAUCUCGCCAAACCAAAUAUCACAUCAUCUUCUACUGAGACUUCCAACUCUACUUCAAAUUCAUCUUCCACAAUGUCAAAUAGGAAUCAAUUAAAUAGAUCAAAUUUAAAUGGAGUAAAUUCGGGUAAUAUUUCAGCAACUGGGUUUGGUUUACCACCUGUUUUCCCCUAUUCACCUGCUUCUGGUCAAUUUUAUUUAGCCACUCCAUUCCAACAACAUCCAUCUACUACUGUACCGACAAUGAAUUCAAAUAAUAAUAAUUCAAAUAAUAAUAGCAAUCCUUCAUUGAUGCAAAGACAAAUACAACAACAUCAAACUUCCCAAUUUAGAUCCCAUACUCCUCUACAAACUGAUAACAAUAAUUCCAAUGGACCAGGAAAUAACACUGCUAUAACACCUGGGUUAGGUCCUUUAACUGGCUCUUUACCAUCCAAAUUUGUUCAUGAUUUAAUAAUACCUUCACCAAGUACUUCAAUGUCCAUGUUUCAAGAUUGGUCUUUUAAUGCAAAUGGUCAACCAACUAAUACCAAUAACCCUCCUUCUACAACAACAAGAAAUAUUAAUCGUAAUACUAUAGAGAUUACCACUACAAACAAUAACAAUAAUCCAUUACCAAAUACAAUGCAACCUUCUAAUGGCAAUACAUGGCUAAAUCCCUAUGGUACAAAUAAUCAACCUUCAUCAGCAUCUUCUACAAGAUUCUUUACGUUUGCUAAUGAAACUCCAACCACUUCCACAAAUCCAAAUCCACUGUUAUCUUUGAAAAAUUAUUCAACUGAUACUGGUUCUAAUUUAACAUCAAAUAUCCCAAGUUUACAAAAUUCUAAUAAAUUUGAUUCAAACUCAACAACAUCUCCAGUAAUAUCAAAUUCAAAUACAAUGCACUCAAAUUUAACUACAAAUAAUAACACCUCUACAAAUGUUUCUACUACUGCUCCUAUUACUACAAACAAUAAUAAUAAUAAUAAUAACAACAACAAUAUUAACAAUAACAAAAGCAACAAUAGUAAUACUAACAGUAAUAAUUCCCCUAUGGGCAAUACGGAUAAUUUAAAAUCGUCUCCUUCUAGACCAGUAGAUAAUUCGAAUUUACAAAAUGCGUCCACAUUACCAAAUAUAACAACUUCUACCUCAACUACGAAACCAAUUGUUGCGACUUCAAAUGAAAAUCAUAUUCAUUUAUCUAAAUAA